UAGGAGUAGAGAGCUGAUAUUUGAUUGGGAUUGCGGUGGUCAAAGUCAAAAAUUAGAUAUUGAAUCGAAAGAAAAUGACGCGAUUGAUACACUCACGACGUGCGCAAGCUGCGAGCGCUCACGUGCGCCGAGUAUCAGGCUCGCAUAUAGUGUCAGAGAAUCACAAGAGUAAGUGUAAGUACUUAACUUGUUUAAAAAGAGAGAAAGAUCCGUGGGGUUAAAGAGAGAUAGUUAUUCGUAAUAAUUUUCAGUGUACGCGCGCGCGUUCUCUUAAAACUACUUGCUGAUUAUUGUGAGCCGACUCUUUUUGCGCCGGCGUGGAAUUAUAAGUGUAAUGUUAAUAAAUAUAAACAGAGUUAAAUAGACUGCACGCAAACUCGAUCAUCUCGGUACCGUUUUAUUUUAUUAUGUCGUGAUUGAGCAUUCAGCGGAGCAGUCUCUGAAUAUAUAACGCAGAACUGUAAACAGAGUUAAUAACUUUAAAUGUUAAAUGAUACUGGAUUUCCGAGCCAAUUAAUUGUGCAAUGAAACGAUGCAGAACAUGAGAAUUCCUUAGACUUUCCUGACUAAUUGACCGCGACUGUAAGGCUAAUUAAUCAGCUUCUCAAUGGCUCUACCAUCCAGUCUGGUUAUUACAUUCCAAGCGAAAGUUUUACAUUUUAUAAUUUAAUAAUUCUGUAACAUAUAAACUAGUAUAAUAAUAUUAAUGUCUAAGCCAAGGCGUGGUUUUCAUCAACCACCGAGUAGUUGCAUAAAAAUCAUACAGAUGGUGAAAAUACGAAUUAUGUUAACGAUAAAGUACAACCAUAAGUUUAUAGUUGUGAAAUGAUGUUGACGGAAACAAUGUCUCUCUGUGGGAUCUUAAUGUCCUUAAGAAAGGUACGACUUAAACUGUUUUGCGUGCUGAUCUGCAUGGUAUCUCCCUGUCUCGCUAGGAAUCACCCACCGCAGUUCCUCAUAAACGGACAGACUGAGAUCGUGGUGAGACUGAAAGAAGGACCCGAAACCCCCGUCGGAAGCUUAAUUUACAGACUUAGAGGCAUUGAUCCCGACGGCGACAGUCUAAGAUUCGGAGUUAAAGAUCAGCCAGGAGCUGACGUAAUUCGAGUGGAGACUGUCGGGACUCAGGAGGCCAAUAUUUAUCUGAACAAAUUGCUGGACAGAGAGGUAAGAGACGAGUACACAAUAGUCCUGACGCUAACCGAUGACAAACUAGGCGACGGAAACUUCAUUACCCAGAGUCUAUUGCUCCUGGUGGAGGAUAUUAACGAUAAUGUUCCAACUUUUCGUCCCCACCCGACGACCCUGACAGUGAAGGAAGACUCGGGACCAGGUAUAUUAACCACUGUAGAAGCUACGGACGCUGAUGAAGGUCCUCAUGGUCAGGUAGUUUACCACCUACAAGAGCUUGAUGGAGAUAAUGAUGUGUUCUCAAUCUCAACUGUCAGCGGUAAAGGUGUUAUUCGUCUCGCUGGUAAGCUCGAUUAUGAAAAAAAAUACCUCUAUCAGCUGAGGAUCCUCGCCGUCGACCGUGCAAUUAAUGGGAGAAUAAAUACAGGAACAACGGCGAUCUUGGUCAAAGUCCAGGAUGUUGAGGAUCAGCCGCCGGAGUUCAUUGCCAUGACUCCAGUCGCGCGAAUUAGCGAAAAUGCAAAGAUUGGAACUUCCGUUCUCCAAGUCCGAGCCAUCGACGGCGACAAGGGAAUCAACAACCGAGUAUCAUACAGCAUAUCCGAAGGACCCAGAAACCUCUUCGACAUUGACGCGAAUUCGGGCCUCGUUUUCACACGCGCUCAAUUAGAUAGAGAAUCCGAGGACAAUGGCGACGGAACAUUUAUCCUAGAAAUAACUGUUAAAGAAAUUUCUCGAGUUGUUCCGACGCCUUCAGUAACCACAGAAGUGACUAUAAUUCUCACGGAUGUAAACGACGAGACUCCAAGAUUCCGCAGCGAUCGUUAUGUGGCUGAAAUAAAUGAAAACGCGCCUCCUAACACCCCCGUAAACUUCCUUGGAGAUUCAAUUCCCGAAGUGUACGACCACGACUUGGGAUCUAACGGCACCUUCCAGAUGUUCAUCGGCGACGACGCUGGUAUUUUUGAAGUAACGCCAUCUAGGGGCAUCAACGAAGCACCAUUUUUGAUCCGAGUCAAAAAUCCAUCAGAGCUAGACUUCGAGCAACGAUCUGUGAUAAAUUUGACGCUUGUCGCCAAAGAAGUCGCUCUGUUUCACCCAAAAUUCAGCGUAGUCCCCGUCACAAUUUACAUCAAGGACCAAAAUGACAAUUAUCCUGAAUUUUCGAAAUCUGUCUACGAAGUUAGUGUCCCGGAAAACUGCCCAGCUGGAACUACUGUGGCCUGGGUCCAAGCUUUGGACGACGACAGUGGGAAUUACGGAAGUUUGGGGAUCAGAUAUACCAAUCUAGGAGGCAGCAUUGCGUAUGCUUUGAAGCUGAAUUCAACCUCCGGUAUCAUUACAGUGAAGCAAACGGGCCCGGGGUUCGACCGCGAACUCGUAGCUCGGCAUUAUCUCACGGUAGAGGCUCGGGAUGACCUUGGAAGGGGAAACCGCAAUACUGUGCAACUGGUGGUUAAUAUAGAUGAUGUGAAUGACAAUGCACCUGUUUUUGUGCAGAAUAAAUACGAGGUUGUUCUUCUGGAAAACAAAGCAAAAUUUGAGUCCCAAAUAACAGUCGAGGCGUUUGAUAUCGACUUGAAUGGGACUAAAAAUUCUGAAAUCGUUUAUUCGAUAGUUGCAAGUGAGUUUUCAAGGAAUUUUACCAUAGAUUCAAGAAACGGAUUUGUCAGACCAACCUUUCCGAUGGAUUUUGAAGCACUGCCAAUGAUUCCCGGCCACAGAGAGUCUUCCAUCCGUCCUUUGAAAUUGACUAUCAGAGCAAGGGAUUUAGGAACUCCAAGCUUAAGUUCAGACGUCCCUUUUAUCGUCUACCUAAAGGAUGUGAAUGACAACGAACCGAUUUUCGAACGCGCUGUUUACCAGAAAAACAUCCCAGAAGAUCUCGUUGGCGGAACGAGUAUUCUGCAAGUUAAGGCUUGGGACAAAGACUUGUCUUCGCCGAACAACAAACUGGUCUAUCGGAUCCAAAACGGCGCGGGGGAUAAAUUUGUCAUCAGUCCUGAAAGCGGGCUGAUCAAAGUUGCGCCAGGGUCUAAUUUAGACCCUGAUUUGACUUCCCCAAAAACUACAAAGUAUGCUUUGACAGUUGUUGCAAUUGAUAGUGGAACUGACGUUCAAAGAUCUGCACAAGUUUUGGUGAAUAUUACGAUCAUUGAUGUGAACAACAAACCGCCGGUUUUUGUAGAUCCAGGGACGGUUUCUAUUCGGGAAAACACCCAAGUUGGAGCGUACGUCCAUCGAAUUGUAGCUAAUGACCCGGAUAUCGCUCCAAUUCUUAGGUACAGAAUAGAUCCAAAUUCUUCGGAAGCGAGAAAUGAAGAAGGGACGCUAAUUCGAAUUCAAGAGUAUGAUUAUCUAGCGGCUUUUGAGCUCAAUGCUUUGGACGGUCUUCUGAGAGUCGUAAAACUGCUGGACCGUGAAAGAGUCGAGACUAUUAAGUUGGGAUUAGUUGUAGAAGACCUGGCUGCUGUAAAAGGAAGCCAAUCUGCGUCAGCGGUACUGAAUGUGGUGAUUGAAGAUGAGAAUGACAACAAUCCGAAAUUCCGAAGGCCGUUUUAUAGAAGAUCUGUAAUGGAAAACAGCAAAAAUGGGGUUCACAUUGCGAGUAUAGUUGCUGAUGAUGCUGACAAAAAUCGGACGAUAACUUACUCGCUAGAAGGGCCGGCUGAAGCGACUGAUCUUGUACACUUGGAUUCAGAAACUGGAGAAAUGGUUGUUGCGAAUAAAAUUGAUCGGGAAGUAUAUUCGUGGCUAAAUUUGACGGUUCGGGCUACUGAUUCUGGUGUUCCCCAACGGGCCAGUUUGUCGGAAGUUUACAUUCAAAUUUUGGAUGAAAAUGACAACAAUCCCUAUUUUAUAACCGAUGUUACAAAUAUUACGAUCAUAGAAAAUACAAAAAUAGGAACAGAGGUGAUACAAAUUGAAGCGAGAGAUCCUGAUAGUGGUGAUUACGGAAAAAUAACUUAUUUAUUGGACCAUAUGUCUUCACAAGGAAGAUUUGCAAUCCAUCCUGAGACGGGAGUUUUGUCUGUUGUAAAUGAAAUUGACUGGGAAGCUAAAAGUAAUUAUGUGAUAAUAAUAGAAGCGUGGGAUAACUACCAAUUUGGUUACACGGCUGGAGAAUCACGAAAUGCAUUCAAACAAAUAGAAAUAAUAGUCGAGGAUGUUAAUGACAAUCCUCCUAAAAUGGAAGUACCUGAAGAGUGUAUUACAAUAUCUGAGUUUCAUGACAUUAGAGACGCAAUAGCGGUCAUCAAAGCGACCGACGCUGAUAACCCGGCGAGUCUUAAUGGACAGAUAAUGUUCAGAAUCUUAACUGGAAAUGAACUAGGCUUGUUUUUGCUAGAACAAACUGACUAUUGGACAGUCAAAAUAAAAGCUGUGAGUUCUUUAAGAGGAAAGUUCGGCAACUAUUCGAUGCUAUUGGAAGCUCGUGACCUUGGAUCUCCAGCCAAUCAAGACAAUAAGUACUUGAAGGUCUGUGUUACGGAUUACAAUGACAAUCCUCCGGUGUUUUUGAGUCCUCAGCACAACACAACUAUCCGCGUGCCAGAAAAUGUGACUGUUGGCUCGACUAUAAUUCAAGUCGAAGCCCAGGACGCGGAUACUGGGUUAAAUGGAGAGGUUCACUAUCGGCUGAAGCAAGAUCUUGCUGGUCAUUGGAGGUCAUUUCAGAUUGAUGAUAAAACUGGAGUCGUGACUCUUAAACAGCCAUUAGACCGCGAAACGCAGAAGAUGUAUGAGAUAAGAAUUGAAGCGUAUGACCUUGGAAUUCCAACGCCUCUGAGCACGGACUUGGAUCUCAUCAUCUACGUCCGAAAUAUCAAUGAUUAUGAACCGCAAUUUUUAGUAGACGUGUUCACAGUAGCUUUCACGGAAGAACAGCCUCCUGGUUCUGAAAUUGUUGAUCUUCCGGAGACGAUUGAUAGAGAUGAAGUCGACGAUUUAGACGACCCGCCGACCCAAGUUUGCUACUUUAUCGUCGGUGGUAAUAACGACGGCUACUUUACCUUGGAUCCUUUCAACCACAAGCUUACCACUGCCGAAAAAUUAGACAGAGAAACUCUAGAAGAACAUUUGCUUUUGGUGAAAGCGACUGAAGAUUGUUCUACCGUGCCUGAAAAUGAAAGCUUUUUUGAUUCUGCUGAUGAUACUCUACUGAAAGUUGUCAUCACUGUUAAUGAUGUCAAUGAUAACGCGCCGAGAUUUGUCAGUAAAGUAUUUACUGGUGGAGUGACUACUGAAGCUGAUUUCGCUACUGAAGUCAUUCAUGUUAAGGCAAUAGAUUUGGACGCUGGAGAUAACGCUGCAGUGAGCUACUACCAGGUUGGAAAAAUUCACAUGACUCUCACUGAAGGCUUGGACGACAUGAACAUCCAGCCUUUCUUGGUAGACAGACUAACCGGCGCGGUGACUUUGAAUUUUGAUCCUCAGCCGAGGAUGAAGGGCUACUUUGACUUUAUGGUGCUCGCCAAUGACACCGACGGGCUUAAAGACACCUCUCGGGUGUUUAUUUAUCUGCUGAGAGAGGAUCAGAGAGUUAGAUUCGUCCUGAGACAACAUCCUCCGGAAGUUCGGAAUCGAAUUGACAAUUUUCGAGAAAUUCUUGGGAAUGUAACGGGAGCAAUCGUGAACGUAGACGAGUACAAAGUCCACGAAAAUCAAGACGGAUCUGUCGAUCGCACCAGAACGGAUCUGUAUCUCCACCUAGUAAACCGACGAGAUAAUUCAAUUUUGGACGUCUCUGAAGUUCUUGAGCUCGUAGAUCGCAAUAUCGAAAAAUUGGACGGUCUGUUCAAAGAUUUCAACGUUUUAGACACCCAGCCGGCCGAGUCGCAGGCGAUAGUCCAAAUUGAGCAAGCUGGAACGACUUUUUGGCUGCUGGUACUGACGCUGUUUCUAGGCGCGCUGUUGAUUAUGUGCAUUGCGAUCUGUCUGUCGCAGAGAGCUUCGUUCAAACGGCAAUUGAAAGCUGCCAAUGCCUCACCGUUUACCACCAACGAGUCUGAGUUUAUUCGCGGGCCAGGGAGGGUUCCUAAUACUAAUAAGCACAGUGUGGAGGGCUCGAACCCCAUUUGGAUGCAUGCUUACGAGAAUGAAUGGUUCAAAAGUGAUGAAUCUUUUAGUCAUAACUCUGAUCGUGAUUCACUGGAUGAAAAUGCUUUGAAUAAUGAAGAAGUUGUCGAGAGAAAUUCUGGGGAAAGAAUUGCCAAUGAAAAUCCUUAUUAUACUCAACCUGGACCUGGUUCAAUAUCUAGUGUAGAAAGUAUAACAGCCAACCAAAGCGAAUCUUGUCGAGAGUCUCCAAUCUACCAGCACCAAAAUCCAGUCCCAAAUAAUCCUCUCGGUAAAAAAGUAGAAACCACCGAGUUAUAAUUAAAUAAAAAAACUAACUAAGCAAUGAACCUUGUAAAUAUUCUAUCUUUUGUACUUAAUAUUUAUUUAUACGGUCAUAUAUUUUGAGAUGCCACAGUUUAUUUAUUAAAAUAGGCAUAAAUAAAUCUCUUU